UCAGCUGCGCGCAGCCCCCUCGUGCUCGGCCGUCCGCCGAGUGGCCGCCGGCCCCGCCCCUAGCGGGUCGGGCUGCGGUGCUCAGCGAGGGGUCUGCACCCCGCCCGCCGCUGCCUUUGCGGAUGGCGGCGGGAGGCUGGCGGAGCUACCCGUGCUGAGCGCGGCGCGCCCAGUGUGCGGCUUUGCGGAGCCGAGGAGGCGGGUCCUGCGGGGACCCGGGCGGCCACUCGGCGGCUGCCGGGCUCUGGGCGGGGGCCGAGCCGGGUGCCGCCUCCUGCUCUGCCGCCUCCUCACUGUGCAGCGUGAGUAGGGAGCCCCGGCUGGUGGACGCCGAGCCUCUCGGCUCCGUAGCCUCAUCCCCGAAGUGCAGCCGCAUCUCCGCGUGGCGCGCUCAGCCCUGCGAGCAGGCUGCGGACUCGCCGAGGACCGAGCCCCUGUGCUCUGCGCUUCCCGCUGUCCCUCACCCAGCCCCGACCCCCGGCAGCCCCCCCUUCCUUUUCUCCUUUGGAAAAUGGUUCCUGCUGCCGGGCGAGGUCUAUGCUUGUAUCUGGACUGUCUGCCUUUCAACAUGGAAGCCUUUGUUGUGUUUAACCUCCUCCACCUGAGGACGGUCUUACUUUAAAAUAACGCUCUUGUACAGCGUGGGCGUAUUUUCUAAGAAGUACUUGUAAGGAUCUGCUUUGUAUGAGGCUCUCCUUGAACAGAGGGUGUGUAACCCUUUGGAUGGUGGCCCACAGGAGUGAAUGGAGGGCCUUCACCGCUUGCCCUGCUGCUAGCCUUCCCCAGACUCCUUAUCCUUGUGAGUGGCACAGACGGAUCCGGGGAAUUAGUAGGAUUGGAGGGGAACCUCUUUUUGUAUUUGGCCUUUCUGCUGGGUCCCCCCUCCCCCUCUUUUUUUUUCUUUUUCCACCUGAUGAGUUCAGAUUUGAAGUAAAUAGAAACAUUUUCUUUAAAGGAGACAUUGAAAGCUAGUAUAUGAAAUGGGCUUAUUUAGCCAUGACUUCAGGGGGAUGUUUUUAGCUUCUACCUUGCUUUGGGUGAGACAGUUAAAUUGCUGUAAUUAAGGGUGAAUCUCUGUCCUGAUUUUGGCUUGGAUGUAACUGCUAAGAUCUUUGAAAAGUGUUAUUGCCUACCAUAUAGUCUGCAAAAGUGAGUCACAAUCGGGUGAGUUGAGGACAGAGCGCCACCUUUAAUUUAAAAUUUCAUGAUUUUGUUUUAUUAAAAUGGUGAAAAUUCAGAGUACGCCUUCUUGAUUUUUAUUGCAGUUGUCAUUACUGGCAUCCUCAUUUAGGUGUAUGAGAUGGUUUUGUCUUCAUUUUCCUGUAAUUCUUGACUCUUUUAGGGGGAUUUCUGCAACUAUAUGGGAAAUCAUGGUUUUUAAAUUGAAGCUUGGGGUUCAAUGUAGGAUUUUGAGAUGAGGUGAGAAACUUGAUUUCUGCUUAUGAUAAAGUAAUAGGGGCAAUGAUAUCUAGACACUUAGAAAAAGAAAUAAGGAAAGUAAUAGCUGCAUUGUAUGUGACAGCUAGCAUUGACACCAAAUAAGGGUUCCUACCAGGAUGAUAGUGGUCUUACCAUUAUUUUUUUUUUAGCUUGUGUGCUAUUAACAUUCUAAAGUAAACAUGUACAAUUAUUAACGUUGCUUGAAUAAGGUCUAGUAAUUCUUUUUGUUUGUUACUCAUCUUCCAACAGUUUGCCUUUCAUAGUUUUGCAAUUACUUGUUUUUAAAUAAUACAAAUAAGGACUUGCAGCAGGACUAACAUGCAAAGUUAUUAAAGACCAUGUUGGAACAAGUGGUUCCUAUAUAUCCUCUCGAAUAUAUCACAUAUAAAGGAAAAUGGAGUUUUUAAUGCUGAGAAACCAAAUGCUAUAGUGACUGUUGAACUGAUGUGUACAUCUCAUGAUUGAUGUGAAGAAACUAGUCAUGGGCCAAAGGUCAAGAUACUUCUCUGGGAAAUGCUGAUGCUGCUUUACAAAGUCAUACAAUGAGUGUUUGGUUUAAGAACGAUUUUCAUAUUUAAAAGAUUUCCAUCUUGGAAAUAUAUCAAGUGAAAAUUAAAAUCUUUUGGGAAACAUUUUCCUUCUAAAAAAUUAUACUUGUAAUGGGCGACAUGGCAAACAAUUCUGUUUUAUAUAGUGGAGUUAAAAACUCUUUGAAGGAAGCUAAUCAUGAUGGAGACUUUGGAAUUACGCUCGCAGAGCUGCGGGUUCUCAUGGAUCUCAGGUCUACCGAUGCUUUACGAAAAAUACAGGAAAGCUAUGGAGAUGUCUAUGGAAUUUGCACCAGGUUGAAAACAUCUCCCAAUGAAGGUUUAAGUGGAAACCCUGUAGAUAUAGAAAGAAGAGAAACAGUGUUUGGAAAGAACUUUAUACCUCCUAAAAAGCCAAAAACCUUUCUUCAGUUAGUAUGGGAAGCAUUACAAGAUGUCACUUUAAUUAUAUUAGAAAUUGCAGCCAUAGUAUCACUGGGCCUUUCUUUUUAUCAUCCUCCAGAAGGGGACAAUGCACUUUGUGGAGAAGUUUCUGUUGGAGAGGAAGAAGGUGAAGGUGAAACUGGUUGGAUUGAAGGAGCUGCAAUCCUCUUGUCAGUAGUAUGUGUGGUACUGGUGACGGCUUUCAAUGACUGGAGUAAGGAGAAGCAGUUUAGGGGUUUGCAGAGUCGAAUUGAACAAGAACAGAAGUUCACAGUCAUCAGGGGUGGUCAGGUCAUUCAGAUACCUGUAGCUGACAUUAUUGUUGGAGAUAUUGCUCAAGUGAAAUAUGGUGAUCUUCUUCCAGCUGAUGGCAUACUUAUUCAAGGCAAUGAUCUUAAAAUUGAUGAAAGCUCAUUGACUGGUGAAUCUGAUCAUGUUAGAAAGUCUUUAGAUAAGGAUCCCUUACUUUUAUCAGGUACUCAUGUAAUGGAAGGCUCUGGAAGAAUGGUAGUUACUGCUGUAGGUAUAAAUUCUCAAACUGGAAUUAUUUUUACCUUACUUGGAGCUGGAGGUGAAGAGGAAGAGAAGAAAGAUGAGAAGAAAAAGGAAAAGAAAAAUAAGAAACAAGAUGGAGCUAUUGAGAAUCGCAACAAAGCAAAAGCCCAGGAUGGUGCAGCCAUGGAAAUGCAGCCUUUGAAGAGUGAAGAUGGUGGAGAUGGUGAUGAAAAAGACAAAAAGAAAUCAAAUUUGCCAAAAAAGGAAAAAUCUGUUUUACAAGGGAAACUUACAAAGCUGGCUGUUCAGAUUGGCAAAGCAGGUUUGUUGAUGUCUGCCAUCACAGUUAUCAUUCUAGUGUUAUAUUUUGUAAUUGAUACAUUCUGGGUUCAGAAGAGACAAUGGCUUGCUGAGUGCACACCGAUUUACAUACAAUAUUUUGUGAAGUUCUUCAUUAUUGGAGUUACGGUUUUAGUGGUAGCUGUGCCAGAAGGUCUUCCACUUGCAGUCACUAUCUCAUUGGCUUACUCAGUCAAGAAAAUGAUGAAAGAUAAUAACUUAGUAAGGCAUCUGGAUGCUUGUGAAACCAUGGGAAAUGCCACAGCCAUUUGCUCAGAUAAAACAGGAACAUUGACAAUGAACCGAAUGACAGUUGUUCAAGCUUAUAUAAAUGAAAAGCAUUACAAAAAGGUCCCUGAGCCGGAAGCUAUUCCACCAAAUAUCUUGUCUUAUCUUGUAACAGGAAUUUCAGUGAAUUGUGCUUAUACAUCAAAAAUACUGCCCCCAGAGAAAGAGGGUGGAUUACCUCGUCAUGUUGGUAAUAAAACUGAAUGUGCCUUGUUGGGAUUUCUUUUGGAUUUAAAACGGGAUUAUCAGGAUGUUAGAAAUGAAAUACCAGAAGAAUCACUGUACAAAGUCUACACCUUCAAUUCUGUUAGGAAGUCCAUGAGUACUGUCCUGAAAAAUUCUGAUGGAAGUUAUCGAAUAUUCAGCAAGGGUGCAUCUGAGAUAAUUCUGAAAAAGUGUUUCAAAAUCUUGAGUGCUAAUGGUGAGGCAAAAGUAUUCAGACCAAGGGACCGUGAUGAUAUUAUAAAAACUGUGAUUGAACCGAUGGCAUCAGAAGGCUUGAGAACCAUAUGUCUUGCAUUCAGAGAUUUCCCAGCAGGAGAACCAGAACCAGACUGGGAUAAUGAAAAUGAUAUUGUCACCGGCCUUACAUGCAUUGCUGUUGUGGGGAUUGAAGAUCCAGUGAGACCGGAGGUACCAGAUGCAAUAAAGAAAUGUCAGAAGGCUGGAAUUACUGUGCGGAUGGUCACUGGUGAUAAUAUUAAUACUGCUCGGGCUAUUGCCAGCAAAUGUGGUAUUUUACACCCCGGAGAAGAUUUCCUAUGUAUAGAAGGUAAAGAUUUCAACAGAAGAAUACGAAAUGAAAAAGGAGAGAUUGAGCAAGAGCGGAUAGACAAGAUUUGGCCAAAGCUUCGAGUACUUGCAAGAUCAUCUCCUACUGACAAACAUACACUGGUUAAAGGUAUAAUUGACAGCACAGUCUCAGACCAACGCCAGGUUGUGGCGGUAACCGGUGAUGGUACAAAUGAUGGUCCGGCACUGAAAAAAGCUGAUGUUGGAUUUGCAAUGGGCAUCGCUGGGACUGAUGUAGCUAAAGAAGCGUCUGAUAUCAUUCUCACAGAUGACAACUUUACAAGCAUUGUUAAAGCAGUUAUGUGGGGACGAAAUGUCUAUGACAGCAUCUCAAAAUUCCUUCAGUUCCAGCUUACUGUUAAUGUCGUAGCAGUGAUUGUUGCUUUCACAGGCGCCUGUAUUACUCAAGAUUCACCACUUAAAGCUGUGCAGAUGCUGUGGGUAAACCUCAUCAUGGAUACGCUCGCUUCCCUGGCCCUGGCAACUGAACCCCCCACUGAGUCUCUCCUGCUUCGGAAACCUUAUGGUAGAAAUAAACCUCUCAUCUCACGCACGAUGAUGAAGAACAUUUUGGGUCAUGCAUUCUAUCAACUGGUAGUAGUCUUUACACUCUUGUUUGCUGGAGAAAAGUUUUUUGAUAUUGAUAGUGGAAGAAAUGCUCCUUUGCAUGCACCGCCUUCGGAACAUUACACUAUUGUUUUUAAUACAUUUGUGCUGAUGCAACUUUUCAACGAAAUAAAUGCCCGGAAAAUUCAUGGUGAAAGAAAUGUGUUUGAAGGAAUCUUUAAUAAUAUCAUCUUCUGCACAAUUGUUUUAGGCACUUUUGUGGUACAGAUAAUAAUUGUGCAGUUUGGUGGAAAACCUUUCAGUUGUUCAGAACUUUCCAUAGAACAGUGGCUAUGGUCAGUAUUCCUAGGAAUGGGAACGUUACUCUGGGGCCAGCUUAUUUCAACAAUUCCAACUAGCCGUUUAAAAUUCCUCAAAGAAGCUGGUCAUGGCACCCAAAAGGAAGAAAUACCUGAGGAGGAGUUAGCAGAGGACGUGGAAGAAAUUGACCACGCUGAGAGGGAGUUGCGGCGUGGCCAGAUCUUGUGGUUUAGAGGUCUGAACAGAAUCCAGACGCAGAUGGAUGUAGUGAAUGCUUUCCAGAGUGGAAGUUCCAUUCAGGGGGCUCUAAGGCGGCAACCCUCCAUCGCCAGCCAGCAUCAUGAUAUUCGAGUGGUGAAUGCAUUUCGUAGUUCUUUAUAUGAAGGGUUAGAAAAACCGGAAUCAAGAAGUUCGAUUCACAACUUUAUGACACAUCCUGAGUUUAGGAUAGAAGAUUCAGAGCCUCAUAUCCCCCUUAUUGAUGACACUGAUGCUGAAGAUGAUGCUCCUACAAAACGUAACUCCAGCCCUCCACCCUCUCCCAACAAAAAUAACAAUGCUGUUGACAGCGGGAUUUACCUUACGAUAGAAAUGAACAAGUCUGCUACCUCUUCAUCCCCAGGAAGCCCACUACAUAGUCUGGAAACAGCACUCUGAUUGUAAGCUGAAUGCUAACACACUAGCUGCAUUGUAAAGAAACAAAUUGAAACUGGGUCUUCACAUAUUGUGACGGACAAGAUAGUAUUCUUGUCUUUGGACUUCAACAGAAGACACACUUGUACGAAUGUAGAUUUAUUUUUUUAAAAAAACGCAAAGCUUUCUGCCAGACUGAGGGUGCUUUUUGGGGGGUGGGAGAAAUGAACUGACAGAUGAACAGUAACUCAGCAUAAGUGGACCUGUGGAUCAUCGGUAGUACUAAGAAUGGUCCUGAACAGUUUGUUAGGAGAGCUUUAGUUUAUCUCAACCCUGGAUGGGAGAGAGGGAGGAGUAAAGCUGGGCAGGCAAAGAGCCCUGGAUCAUAGAAUUGAUACUUUAAUUUCUGCUGUUGGCUGUUAAUAAAUUGGAUUAUUUAUGUUUAUAAAUGAUACAGAUCUGUUUACAAGGUUUGUAGAUACUUUUUUUGUUCCUGUUCAUAGAUGGGAAGCUUCCUUAUCACUGAUGCAGAGAAAAAUUAGUCCUUCAAAUACUGCUCUAUUUUCAGGAAAAAUUAAAAAAGGGUGUUUCUAUUGAAACUGUACUAAAUUUUUGCCUACAAUUUACCUUGUUAAAUAUUGUAGAUAAAUUGCUAAUACUAAUAGCCAAAUAGAUAACACUAAUGCUUUGUUUAAAAAAACAAACAAAAAAACAACAAAACAAAACAAAAAAAAACAUGAGCAGUGGUGUUCUAAUAAAGUUAUGGCAUCUGUUCUAAUUAGUUUCUUAAAUACAUUUACUACUUAAUGGUUUUGAAACAACUGUUUAAUUUUUAAAAUUUUUGAAAACUUGCUAAUAACCUUUUUGUUCAGAAUUUGGUAGAUUGUUUAAUGUGGGACAUCAACUGCAUAAUGAAAGAUGCUUGAAAUGCUUUUGUUGUUUCAGGCAAAUCAAAGUAAAUCAAGCUCUCAGACCACAAGAGAACCUUAGUCCUUUAUGUUUUUGUCUAAACAUGUUAGUUCAGUGAUGUCUUGGUGAACUGUGAGUGAACUGUAUUGAUUUUUCUAAUAAAUCCUUAGAAACCUUCAUACAGCAUGAGGGCUGUUGGCAUUUUGAAAAAGGUUAAUAAGUAGAAGCAUACAUGUUUUCCUUUUGUUUUUGAAACUUGUUUGUAAACAUAAAUAAAUCUCCCUUUUAUUAAAUAAAUUCACGGCAAUGUUUUUUUAAAAGGCAUUUCAGCUUCUUUACUCAAUUCUGCAUAUAUGGUGCAACAGUCUGUUCUUUUUAGCCACAAUUGGAAUAAGUUUCAAGGUGAUAACAGCCCUAUGAAGUACUGCUUAAAUUCCUAGGUGAUAAUCUAGUAGAACCAGAUUAAGAAAAUUAUCACAAUUUCACCACUCAACAUAUUCUUCAUUGAGUUUAGUUUGUCUAAAAUAGUCUCACAGUUUUUUUGACCACAAUUGUCUCUGAUACAUUUAUUUUAAUUCUUAAGUGGCCAAAUAACAACUUAGGUAAAAUGAGAUGAUAUGAAAAGAUGAAAAAGGUCAUAUAUAGAUAUAAUAAUUAACCAUAUGCUGGAAUGCCCAUUUCUAAGCCAAUUCGAUUCUUUGUCUUUUCUUUCUUUUGUCUACUUUCCCCCCUUUUUUGCCUCUGUCUUUACCUUUUAGGAACUGGCAUUGUGUUAGGGCCCAGAUUUCACCAGGUAUACAAUCCUCAGGCUGACAUAAAGUUUACGCGAGGACUACUACAACAUCUGACCCAGCAAAGAAACAUUUAGUUGAUGGUGCUUGAUAUUUUUGGUGGGUGGGGGAAAAUCUUUUUUUCUCCAUCAAUCCUUUGCAGUAAUCCUCUGCAAGUCUCAGAAACACAUUGGCUCUGUCAGCAUUUGUAAUUGUACAUUUAUUUAUCAGGUAUUUAUGCGAAUUAUACUGUAAAAAGAGAUAGCAUGAUAUGCUGGAAAGCAUACCAGGCUAGGUGUCAAGACCUGGUUUCUAGUACCGGUUUUGCCUUUAACGUGCUGCAUGACCUUGGGAAAAUCAUUAAUCCUAAAGGAGGGUGGUGGACUAGACUAACUCGAAGAACCCUUUCUACUCUAAAUAUUGACCCUAUCAACUAGAAAAGCCUAUAAGGCAUAGGGAAUAGAGAAAAGGGAGAUAUUUUCAGUUUUCUCUUUAAUUUUGGUUAUGCUUAAAUAUGAAUGUAUUUACCAAAAGAUUUAGAAGUGCAUGUGCUUUGGAGGAUUUGUAUUGAGCUUUUACAGUAUUCAUUUUUCAACUCAAGGCAAUGGCUUUUUACACCAACUCUAAUCCAUAAACGGGUCUUAUGACAUCCAUGAAGUAGUAGCAAGACAUACUUAGUGUGUAUUUCUCUCUUUGAGACACUGUAAUUUCUACCAGAAAUUUCCAGAGCAUUAUGUAAGUAGAAAAAAAAAUGCAAGCAAGCUGUUAAAGAUCUUGGAUCCCAUUAUAUAUGUAUAGCUGAAAUCAGCAUCUGUAAUUCAAUCACUUUUUCUCUUUUAUCCUCUAACCAAAAAAUUGUUUAAUUUUGCAUCCCAAAUGUUUUUAAUCUUUGUAUAUUUUUUAAAAAUCCUUUCUCCUCAUCAUUGCCUUUUUUGUGGUUGUAAAUAGACUUAACUUGCACUUUGAAGAUGAGUUACUCCUUGUCAUCUUACAAAUAUGUGAUAUGGUAAUUUUCAUAACAGAUGUCAGUUUUGAACCAAGAAAUGGUGAUUUGUUUAUAAGAAAAAAAAAACUGGCUUCAUUUCUGUGAAACUGCUCUUUGAAAAUUUCUUUUUACACGUGUAAGCCAACUGAGAUACCAUGAUGGUGUUGAUUUCUUUUAAUGAUGCUUACCAUCUAUUUUAGCCACUGAGCCUUUUAUUAUUUGUCUAUUUGUAAAGUUUAUUUGUCUUAACUCAUUUAAUAAAUAUACUGUUUAUCUGUUUCUGAA